AUGAAAUACGAUGCUCAUAUUAAUGUGGAGGUGUGUGCAACCGUGAAGAGCAUCAAGUAUCUAUUUAAGUACGUUUAUAAGGGGCACGAUUGUGCUAAUAUCAAUCUCGUGCGAUCUGCUCCAGAUGGAGUGAUGUCUUCAACAACACUUGAAUGGGAUGAAAUUAAAGCGCAUCUCGACGCAACAUAUGUGAGUUCGCCAGAAGCCGUUUGGAGACUCUUUGAAUUUUCAUUACAUGACAUAUCUCAUUCCAUUAUCCGAUUAGCCAUUCAUCUUUCGAAUAUGCAACCCAUCUAUUUUGCUGAAGGAAAUGAACUAGACGCGUUAAACCGAGCAGCUACAAAAGACACUACUCUGACUGCAUGGUUCAAAUUAAAUCGUGACAACUCAGAUGCUAGAGUACAUCUCUAUGAUGAUAUUCCAAAUCACUUUGUUUUUGAUCGAGACAACAAAUGGAAACGUCGACAACAAGGUGAAAGAGUCAUCGGCAGAAUGUAUUCAAUCUGUUCUCGAGAUACAGAACGCUACCAUCUUCGCCUGUUAUUGUUACAUACAACAGGCGCUUGCAGCUUCGAGGACCUGAAAAAAGUAGAUGACGAAAUCUGUCAAACAUUUGUAAACGCUGCUAAAAGACGAGGUCUACUAUGUGAUGACAGUGAACAUGAUAGAUGUCUGGCUGAAACGGCAAUGUUUCAAAUGCUACCACAACUACGAACACUUUUUUGUAUGAUCCUUUUACACUGUAGUACAAGAAACACCAUCGAUCUCUGGAACUCAUAUAAAACGAAUAUGGUCAAGGACUUCAUGCGCAACUUCGACGCUGAAACAGCAGAAGCAAUGGCGUUCUAUGAAACUGAAGCAAAGUUGACAGAGCAAGGACAAAGUUUUGCCGACUUUGGUAUAUCACCACUAUCCAUCUUUUGUCCAAUUCAAAUAGAAACCAUCAACAAGGAAGAAGAGCUUCCGGUCGGACAACAAAUGUAUGACGCUUUGAAUGAAAACCAACGUCAGGCAGCGGAUGAGAUUCUGGAAGCGUACUACAGACGAUCAAUAACUACUGCUUCAUGUUUGUUUAUAGAUGGACUUGGUGGUACAGGAAAAACACAAUUGUACCACACACUGUGUCGUUUAUUCAAAGGACAAGGUGUCCAUGUUCUAACAGUUGCAUGGACACGAAUUGCUGCAAAUUUAUUGCCUGAAGGAAGAACAGCACAUAGUCAUUUCAAGAUUCCUGUGCCUCUCUUGGAGACGUCUACGUCCAGUAUUCGACCAAACACCAAGGAAGCCGCGGUAAUUAGAAAGGCUGACGUCUUGAUUUGGAACGAGGCACCAAUGACUCCAUCGUAUGCCCUCAAAGCCGUCGAUAUUCUGUUUAGAGAUAUAAUGAAUGUCAAUGUGUCUUUUGGGGGAAAAAUCAUGGUGCUUGGAGGAGAUUUUCGUCAAGUUUCUCCAGUUGAUCGAUUCGCGAAUAGAUCCCAACUGGUUGCUGCAAGUCUUAAGAGCUCGGAACUCUGGUCUUACUUCAAGAUUAUUCGUCUAAACAAGAACAUGAGAACAGGACCAGGUGAAGAGGAAUUUUCAGAAUGGCUCAUUAAGCUUGGUAACGGCGAACUACCAUCAAAGGAAAAUGAUGAAAUCGAAUUGCCUGCUGCCUGCAUAUCAGAUGGUAAUUUAGCUGAUGAAGUAUUCGGCAAGCAUAUCUCUCUGGAAGAUAUUCCGAAUUUGUGUGAUAAAGUGAUUCUGUGUCCCAAAAACGAGCAUGCUCUUAUGGUAAAUGAACAGGUACUUCAACGCUUGCCCGGCUUUGAAACAAUGUAUACAAGUGUGGAUGAAGUUGCAUGUGAGGACGGUGAAAACGUCAGCAAUUAUCCAACAGAAUUUCUGAACAGUCUUACGCCAUCAGGAAUGCCGCCUCAUAAGCUCAACCUAAAGGUCGGUGUAAUUGUGAUGCUUCUUCGAAAUUUAGAUGUCAACCGAGGGCUUUGCAACGGAACUCGGCUUAUUGCAAGAUGUUUGCAUAAUCACACGAUCGACUGUGAAGUUGCGACAGGAUCCAAUAAAGGGCAUUGA